AUGGGACUAGUGGAUAUUUUGGGGCUUGUGCCUCUUCUCGGUUGUUUUGUACUACUAUGCGGCUGGUCCUACAAAUUUGCAUUCAAUCACGACUUGAUCCGCAACUACUCCAACCCUCACAGCAUCAAAAAGGCCAACGUCAAUCUGGUCAUAGACAGGGAAAUAAACGGCAGAUAUGGGUGCAGCUUGCCCCACGUUGAUGUGGAUGAUGAAUUGGCCGGAGAUAAUACCGCGGAGCCCACUUUCAAGCGCAAAACCAUGGCCGAAACACACCAGGAAAACAUAAACUUGGUUGUGGCAGGGCUCUUUUCUGUCACCACCGCGCUCUCCAUCGAGCUUGUUGGCGUGCUCAUGUUGCAAUUGACAGGGUUGUUUGAGGCCGACUUGGCGUUUUUCCGCUUGGCCAUCCGUGUGUUGGUUUUCCUCGUCACUGUUGUUCAGCCUUUGCUUGUGGUGAGUCUAUACGUGAACCAGGACUUGGUUCCUACUUUCAAGGCGGGUUCGGCUGCAUCGGCAACGCGUGUUGCAUCGACUCUAGGGUUGUAUGUUUUGUGGUAUGUCAUUCUCCACAAGAUGGGCGAGGUGGCCGAUAGUUUAGGCGGAUCGGGCGAUAAGACGUUUAUCGAGCGGAAAACAAACGAGAUCGUGCUCACUGGAAUCACAAUCACUGCCAUUCUAUCUGGUGUUGGUAGCAUCCUGACCCCAUUCGGAAGCUUCUGGGGAGACGAGUCGCUUUUGAAAAGAAAGUCCGCCGGUGGCCAUACGCAAGAAACCCAGCUCAGCAACUUGAUCCAGCAGUACAACACAACAAAACUGCUCAUGCGCAAGCGUGAAGCUGAACUCAACUCGUUGCUUGCAAGCGCUAGCGGAAAAGUAUACAACGAGCCCGAAUCCCGUAUCCGGUCUCUUCGAGGAAGCGGAAAACAGUUGUUCCACAAGGUUCUGUCGUUUGCGUCUCUCUCGAAAUUUGGAUCGAAACCAGAAGACCAAGAACUUCAGGCCGAGAUCUCUACGCUAGCAAAACUCAAGGAGCUGAUUUACAAUGACGUUUCCAAGUCGCUCCAUAAGUUUCUUGUACUGAAAAAUGCCCAACACGGCUCGUGGUGGAGCAUGAGUAACACAGUGAAAGUCUUCAACAUUGCAUUCUCUUUCUACUGUGUUUAUCGAGUACUCAAUGUUUUGUUGGUUCGUUUACCCUACCAUUAUUUGUGGAACUCAGAAAAUAUCCACGAUUCCAUGCGUAACGUUAUCGACGAUAAAGAUUCAAGUGAGCUGCUCAACAAAAAUACCAAAGAUGCAUUGGCUAUCACAGUGGCAAAAAUCCUCCAGUCUGUUGGUUAUUUGCCCAUGUCCGAAACCCAACUCAUCAACCAGGUUAGUUUCAUUCUCUCCGGCUCUCUUUUCGUUUGCUCGUUGCAAAACGUUUUGGUUACGUUUAAGUCUGUUGUUGGACUACUUCCGGCCCCUACAACGUCUGUUUCAAGUUCGGUGAAAAUGUGGCUUAAGAAUUUGUUGGUGAGUGAACUUUUGGCCAUCUACGUUAUUGCCACCGCUCUUCUAAUCCGAUCAAAUCUUCCUGCGGAAACAGCAAACCUGCUUCUGAGAAUACUCUCUCUUUCUACUGCAACAUCUGCCAGCACGACUGGCAUGCAACGCGAAGUCGAGUUUAUAGAUACUUGGUUUGAUAAGGUGUUUGGCUUCACAUGUAUUGGAACGGCCAUUGUCGUUGCUCUGAAACUUUUUAUUGAAAGUGGAAAUGUCUACGACGAUGGAUACGAUGAGGAGAUGUUUAUUGAGGACGGGGCGAUGUUCAAGACUUCAUGA